GCCGGGCGCGGGCUGUGUGUGUGUGUGUGUGUGUGUGUGUGUAGGGCCCUGGGUGGCCCCGGGGCGGCGCGAGGCGAGUCGCAAAGCCAGGCAAACCGCUGGCGCUGGCGGCAGCCGGCCGACCGGGGGCUGUGCUGAGGCGGCGGCGCGUCCCACCCGAGGACGGCUCUGGCUGAGGGCGGAGGAGCCGGGGCAGAGCCCGGGGCAGCGGCUGAGGGGGGACGGCGGCGGCUGCGGCGGCCGCUGCCCCCGGAAGACCCGGCCAAGAUGCUGGCGGAGAACCUGGUGGAAGAGUUUGAGAUGAAGGAGGACGAGCCGUGGUACGACCACCAGGACCUCCAACAAGAACGUAAGUUCCAUGAGAGCAGAGAGUUGUUUUCAUCUGAGUUUCUCCUCGCCCCAGUGCCUAAAAGGAUGCCGGAUCUUACUGAGCGCAUGCAACAUGAGUAUCUCCAGCUUGCUGCUGAGCUCGGGAAGACACUGCUGGAUCGGAACACGGAGUUGGAGGAGUCUCUUCAGCAGAUGUACACCACCAACCAGGAGCAGUUACAGGAAAUUGAGUACCUGACCAAGCAGGUGGAGCUUCUGCGGCAGAUGAACGACCAGCACGCGAAGGUGUACGAGCAGUUAGACGUCACAGCCAGGGAGCUGGAGGAAACCAAUCAGAAGCUGGUCGCUGACAGCAAGGCCUCCCAGCACAAGAUUCUGAGCCUGACCGAGACCAUCGAGUGCCUGCAGACCAACAUGGAUCACCUGCAGAGCCAGGUGGAGGAGCUGAAGGCUGGCCAGGGCAGAAGGAGCCAGGGCAGGUGCGCCCGGGAGAGCGCGGCGCCCAGCUUCCCCUGUCUGAAGGAGCUCUACGACCUCCGCCAACACUUUGUGUACGACCACGUGUUUGCGGAGAAGAUUGCCUCCUUGCAAAGCCAGCAGAGCCCGGAGGAAGAGGAGAACGAGCACCUGAAGAAGACGGUGGCCAUGCUGCAGGCGCAGCUGAGCCUGGAGCGGCAGAGGCGGGCGGCGGUGGAGGAGGAGUACGGGCAGGUGCUGCAGGAGAACUGCGAGCUGGAGCGGCAGCUCGGGGCCAGCGACGCCUACCGGGCGCGGGCGCGGGAGCUGGAGGCCGAGGUGGCCGAGAUGCGGCGCAGGCUGCGCGCCGAGCGUCCUGUGGUGAACGGGAUUGAGCAGCUGGUGCCGGACUCCCUGUUUGUCCCCUUCCGGGAGGCCAGCCAGAGCCUGCUGGAGGAGCUGCUGCUGCCGGCGCCCGAGGCCCCGCGGAAGCCCUUGACGCGCAGCACCAGUGACACGGGCCUGAGCAGCCUGGCCGCUGGUGACCUCGUGAGGGGCCACGAGGAGAGCUGCAUCAGGAGGGCCCAGGCCGUGAAGCAGCGGGGCAUCUCCCUGCUGCACGAGGUGGACACUCAGUACAGCGCCCUCAAGGUCAAGUAUGAGGAGCUGCUCAACAAGUGCCAGCAGGAGCAGGACUUGCUGUCACAUAAGGCUGUCCAGACCUCCCAGGCUCUAGCCAAGGACCUGAGCGGAGUGGCUGCCCAGCCGGAGUCUGACGCCAGCGGCUGGGAACCCACCUCUGUCCCGCCGGAGCCCGCCGAUUGCCCGAGCACUUCCACACCCCCUGAGUACAAGGUGCUCUUUAAGGAGAUCUUUAGUUGCAUCAAGAAAACGAAGCAGGAGAUCAAUGAACAGAGAACAAAAUACCCCUCGCUCUCCUCUUACUCUUAAUUUAAUCUUCAACUCUGCUACUAAUUUGCGUGUUUGCUCGCUCCGUUUGUAGACUCUUUGGUUCACUGGCCUCACUGCUUUGCUUACUUAGCAGGUACACAGAGGAAAGCAGGCGGCGUCUGCCCCGAGUCCUGCAGGCCAG